UUGUUUAAAAGUUUCGAUUCAAACUUACCGAGGUCGAACCAAAAACGUAGUAACUCGACUGCAUUUGGGGUAAUUCAUUUGAUCCUUUUAAAAAUGUUCAAUAAAUCACUACCAUUUGACAGUUUAUAUUCGGAUAUAUCAGAUGGGUUUGAGAUAGGUAGCUUUGUUUCACUUUUUAGCCCGCUUUCAUCGAUGCUUUUUAUCAGGACAGCUUCGUUUUCUUCAUCAAGCAACACACUACAUUCUUCUUCAUCCUCACAAUCUUUCCUUUUCUUCAAUGAUUUGUUCUGAAUGUAUACUGUUAUCGUUGAUUUUUAGGCUAAAAAACAUUCCGUCAGAAAGAAUAUAAUUAUAUGAAAUUGAUAGAGCAAAAACCAGUAUUGCUAAUUUUUCUUUUUUGUACUAUUCUCGUUGAAGGAUCCAGUCGUCCAAUCGAACCCGAAACAGAAAGAAUCCAAUCGGACCUGGAACCAAGGAGCAAACCCGAUCAUCGAAGACGAAGCUCUACCGAUACUGAUUCAUUCCAUGACUCUGAUCUACAAGAGAAAGCACAAGUGCCGUUCAAUAUCAGCCGAAAAUCCAGGAAGUCAACUUCCGAAGCUAUAUGUCCAAGGAGACCGAAAACCCGCCAAAAACUUAUUUCCAAUGAGAUCAAAUAACUGCAUCCAUGAGAAAUUCAUCGCUGAAUUAAUUAAAGCCGAAAGAACCUAAGAAUUUUUUAUUCAAUUAUUAUUGAAGAGACCUGUCAAAUUUUUGUACAUACAAGUGAGAAGGUAAAAAGAUACCUUAUACACUCGUAUCGGAUUUAAAGGAACUUUUGGUUUUGAUUAAAGAGCAUCGGUUUGAGC